AUGCCUAGCCCUCGGCCUUCCAAACGACAGCGAAUUUGCCGGGCAUGCGAUCAAUGUCGUCGGCGAAAGUCCAAGUGUGACGGGGGACAGCCUACUUGCUCCAUCUGCCACACGGCAAAUCGUACUUGCAGUUAUCAAAAUGGCGGUGGGCGACGAGGCUUGGCCCCUGGAUAUGUUCGAAGCUUGGAAACAGUCCUUGGGCUUGUUCUGCAGCAUGUGCCGAACAGUGAGAGAACAGUGCAUGAUCUUUUGACAAAGUCGAGAAACAAUGACCACUUCCUCUCUAGAGAUCCUGCAACAAUCUGGCGACAGUCCCGCCUUGUCAAAUAUUUGUCCAGAUUGAUUGAGAAUGAUUCUCAAGAGCAUUUAACAACAGCCGCUUAUGAUGAAUCAGAAUGGGAUACCUUGGAGACAAUCAACACAACCGGCGUGGUUACUGCUGGUACUGAGCCUGCAACCUCGGGCGUGAAUGAGCCUUCCAUGCCGCAAGAAAUUCGAAAUGCUGGAACAAACCAGCCGGAUUGUCUGUUUCUACCGUUUCCACCGGAUACACUCAGCAUGCUAGAGAAUUAUUUCACAUAUACGCACUGCUGGUUCCCAAUUCUGGAGCGCCGUGAUCUAUUUCGGACAAUGCAUACCAGUCUCGGACCCGAAGCUAGCCCAAGUCAUGUUUCAAGCUUAGUUCUGUGGGCAGUCGUAGCUUACGAAUCAUCCACAAAAAAUGGCACAGACUCAAAGCAGCCAGAUCCUUUGCGAAUACAACAAUCAAUCUGCGGACGAGUUAUGACUCAUUCGCCAAAUUUGGAACUCGGACACAUACAAGCAGUCAUUAUUCUCGCUCUCCUCCAGCUGAGGCUAGGUGAUAUCAAAAAUUCGUGGAGGCUUGCUGGUCAGGCUUCCAGAAUGCUGGUGACUUUGCCGAUGACUUCUAAGAACAACCGAUAUCGUAAUACUUUCCAUGGAUGCAUUCUACUUGACAACAUUUUGUCCGCUGUUUUGAACAAAGCACCGUGCAUGUCAUUGGAAGAGCAACAGAAAGAAGGGCCAAUCAACGAAGAUACCAUAGAAGAGUGGGAUGUAUGGUCGGUACCCCAACGAGCUUCAGAGGGUGGAUAUCAAAAUACGCCCAAAGGGCCCCUGCGAGCCUUGAGCAUUUUUAAUAGCCUCCGUCAGAUCAUGAUGUAUCUGGCUCGAAUCUUAUACAUGUCGACCAAUCUGCUGCGCGCAGAUGAGCGCGAGUUGUCAGCUACUCUACAAGCCGUUGAGGCCCUACAGAAAGUAUCUGUUGAGAAAUACCCACACACCAGAGGCUCAGAGUACAACAAUCCCUCAUUACUCACAUUGCAUCUCACAUGCCUCUUUGUGAAGUUGGAUUCCUUGAAAAGAAGCCCAACGCAUGACAUGACCGAAAAGGCCUUGCUUGUCAAUCUUGUCCAAUCCAGUAUUAAUUUGUUGGAUAGAUAUUUGGAAUUAACUGGCGCAGUACAUUUAUCACCCCUCCUGUGUUGCUUUGCUCUACAAUGUCAGCAGUGCUUUAGUAUUGUUCAUCCUGAUAUUGACUCAGAUGAAAGACGGGCCUUCGAAAACCGACUUCGUUUGUACCUGCAGAAUUUGGAGGCCGGGAUGGGAACUCUCCAGAGAUUUGUUAAUGUACAAUCUACAAGAGUCGAGAAUGUUCGAAUUGACGCCUUUUCUAAUGGGGUUGUCCACCCACCUGAUUUACAAAUGUUGGAAACGCACCCGGAAAAUUCCAUCAUUGCCCCAGCGAAUCCCGCUGUCGAUACUUGUGCUAUUUCAACUUUGCAAUCACCGGCAGGGAUUACUUUUGCAGAAACCGAGGGAUUUGAUGCCUUGUUCGAGGAAAUGGUCACCUCCAUUCCGAUGAACAGACAACAACCUCUUUUCGCUCAAAAUCUAGGCUUUUACGCUGGUGAUUUGGAUCAAGACUUUUUGGAGCAACUUCAACAGCCGGCGGACGGCUGA